AUGGGCUCGAGUACUAAGCGUGAAAUUGCCCAUAAUUUUUCUCCCCAUGGUAUCAUAUAUAAAGAUGGCAGCAUAGAUAGACUAAGUGGCAACGAAAUUGUCCCCCCUUCUCUUGAUCCCAAAUCCAAUGUCCUUUCCAAAGAUGUUGUCUAUUCACAAGAGGAAAAUCUUUCUUCUAGACUUUUCCUUCCAACAAGCGUUGAUGCUAGCCGAAAGCUCCCUCUUCUACUUUACUAUCAUGGAGGAGGCUUUUGCAUUGAAACUCCCUUCUCACUUACUUACCAUAGCUACCUCAAGACACUAGUUGCCGAGGCUGAAAUUAUUGCCGUCUCGGUUGAUUACAGGAGAGCCCCAGAACAUCCGAUCCCCAUCCCGUACGAUGAUUCAUGGACUGCCCUUAAAUGGGCCGCAUCUCAUGUCAACGGAGACGGUCCUGAAGAGUGGCUAAAUAUUCAUGCUGAUUUCGGCAGGGUGUACUUCGCUGGAGAUAGUGCUGGCGGUAAUAUAGCCCAUCACAUGGCCAUGAGAUACGGUCAAGAGAGAUUACCUGGUAUCAAUGUCGCAGGGACGGUUCUAAUACAUCCUUAUUUCUGGGGCAAAGAACGUAUUGGCAACGAGGUUAAUGAAAGAGAGGCAGUACGAGAAGGGCUUGAUGCUAUGUGGCAUGUCGCGUGCCCUACGACUAGUGGAUGCGACGAUCCCUUGAUUAAUCCAAUUAAGGAUGCAACAUUGCCUAGCCUGGGGGGCUCCAAGAUGCUUGUUUUCAUAGCUGGGAAUGAUGUGUUGAGGGACAGGGGGUGGCUGUAUUAUGAGACCUUGAAUAAGAAUGGAUGGGGCGGAAAGGUUGAGAUCAUGGAGGCCAAAGAAGAGGUUCAUGUUUUUCAUUUGUCCAAUCCUUCCUCCGUCAAUGCCGUCGCUAUGCGUAGAAAAUUUGUCUCUUUCAUCCACGAAGAAAGAUAG